AUGAGCGUCGUGACCGUCCUACGCGGCUUUAAGGUCCCGCUCCCGGUACUCGACGCCUUCCUACUCGCCAACAAUAUCAACGAGUCCGAGGUUCUCUGUUCGGGCUUUCCACCCUUCUACGACGAGGAUACUGACCAGGUCACCACCCUCCUGCGUAAUAAGGUCGGCAGCGGAGACGUCAAGACACGCGUUUUCGUCCCGGCACGAAUGAGCUACAAGAGGGCGGCCAGCGGCUACAUUGCCUACGACUGGACAGUUGUCUUUGCACAGCGCAGAUUUGAUGCUGGGGACCUCGCAGAGCACCCGCCCGUGGGCUUUGAGGAGCUGAGGAAGGAAGUGCUGUCGUACGCCACCGCCGGCGACGGGGCUGAGUCUCUUGCCGACGAUUCGCGAUACCAGAAUGCCCUCUAUAUCGUCAUCACUGACGAGCGGACAUAUAUCCCGCCUGAAAUGCUGCAGCGGGAUGAAGCUGAUAUAUUUACGCUACCGGAGAAUCUGUAA